AUGGCGAAUCCAAACACAAAUACCACGGACGACGAAAAAUGGACAAAAGCAACUAUGGAUAAGAGACUACUUUUGGAAGGGCUAAAGAGAGUUAUUGAGAAUAGUUACACUUUUACAGAAGACGUCAAACGAAGCAUGACUAUAUUUACUGUUUUCUACUCCAUUACAUUUAUACUUGGAGUAGUUUUUGUUUAUGUAAAUGCACAUUUUCAAGACUCACAGAAAGUUCCAAGAAUUGUAAGGAAUUCCAUAGCUGGAGUUGGUACUUUUGCUAGUCUUUUAACAAGUAUGAAAACUAUUUCGGAAACUUUAAGUUCAGCUCGUACAAAGGAAAUUACUAUCUCAAAUAUUGAUUUAAAUAUAGUUAACCUCGCGAUAGACAAUGGUCCUGAUGAUAAUGACUUGAAAGAGUUGAGAGACCUUAUCGAAUCUCGGAAUAAUAAAUUAGAAAAAUUGAGGUUUUAUCGUUCUUUAGGAUUUUCUAUGCUUUCAAGAAUUUAG